CUUGAUACCUUGCGGAUUGGAAUGCAAUGCAUUACAGUCAAUACGUUAUUGUCAGUAAGACCGGUGUAACACAAUGAUCGCAACCCCUUCUGCGAACUCCGGUGAUGAACUGUAUAUAAACUCUGACUUUCACAAAUGGCCGCGAAUUGACCCGAAACCUCGCGGGUUGAAAUGCAAUGCAAGUAAGUACUAAAUAUGACAACAUAGCCUUUAGUAUAAACGCUUUUGCGCUGGUAAUUCUCUGAAAAUAAAAGGUGAACGCACAAACUGUAUUUAUGUCGAAAAUUGAUUGUAAAACUGUUCUAUCUAUUGAGCCUUUUCAUUAGAGAUAAAAUGUUUCAUGCAGUAAAACAGUGUUACAAAGACGCGGAUAUGUUUCCAAUGUUCUGGUGUUAUACUCAAAUCAGCCAAUGGAAUAAAUGAAGUGUAUUCAUUCGUACCUAGCCGCGGGAACUUUUAUUUGAGUAUUAUUGGACACUUACAAAGGUCAAGUCAGGGUGAAAAUCUGGCUUAUUACAGCUUACGCCGAAAAACCAUUAAUAAAUAAAGUGCACAUAGAGAAACACUGUAAACAAAAUGGUUACGAUUUUUGAGGUUUUCACAUGGUGUACACUGAUUAUCAGUUGCGCUCAUGGAAACAAAAUUGAUAUACUUAGUGAACGAAUUUCAAGAAUGGAAAGGCGCAUGGUGGAAGAAAUUUAUCUGAUGAGGGCAGAGUUUAAAGUGGAUUUGGAGUCGAUGCGAAAUAUAAGUGACAUGGUGUCUGCGGCUGUCGCUUGGAACCGUAAUCCUGGUGAAGAUGGGAUGUCCACAGCAACAUAUGCACACUCAGAAACUCACAUCAGAGAACAACUUGAGCUAUUGAAAAGGGGUUUGUCUGUUGAGAAACGUUUUAGUCGAAGUGUAGAAAGUCAGCUUAAGUGGCUCACUGAGUCUGAAAUUCAAAGAAACAGACUUCUCAAUGAAGCUGCGAACAGGACUGCGUUGAAUAUAGAAUCAUUGAUAACUACGGUGAAUGGCUUUUCAUCCGUUAAGAAUGACGUAAACGACAUAAGAACUAUUAUGGAGUCCCGACAAGAAAAGGAAGUAAAUGAAAAGGAAAGCGCCUUCACAGAUUGUUUAGACUUGCUCAGGCACGGGUAUACUACUAAUGGUGUUUACUCCAUCCACCCAACGUCUUUAUGGAGACCACUUAAAGUCUACUGCGACCAAACAACGGCUGGGGGUGGGUGGACCGUUAUCCAAAGGCGACAAGACGGUUCAGAAGACUUUAACAGGCACUGGAUUGAUUAUGCCUAUGGAUUUGGAUCCCUGCAAGGUGAAUUCUGGCUUGGAAAUGAGUUCAUACACCGACUUACUACAGCAGUACCCAACGAACUGAGAAUUGAACUGGAGGACUUUGAAAACGACUUUCGCUUGGCGACGUACGGUCAGUUCGCUGUGGGGCCAUAUUCAGAUCUUGACAGGUCUUCAAUUAAAUUCUUCACUGGAAACGUCACAGAUUCGUUUUCAUCUCACAACGAUUGGCAAUUUUCCACGACCGACAACGGACCAUCAAAAUCAUGUUCAGUCUCCCACAAAGGCGGUUUCUGGUACGGCAGUUGUCAUACGGUGAACAUAAACGGGCUAUAUCUGAAAGGACAACACACUUCCUAUGCUGACGGUGUCAACUGGUAUGGUUUUAGAGGAUUCCAUUAUUCUCUAAAAUUCACCGAGAUGAAAAUCCGGCCUCAUUAAACAUCAGCGUCAAGAAAUAAACACGCCUCAUGCUCUAAAAGAGACAGUAGUCUAUUCAUCUGAUAUUUCAACAAUAACUUUUUUGAGAUCAAUUGUUCUAUAAGUCUUUGUAGUUAUAGUUUCAUUGUUAAAAAAUGCAUGCAUUGUGAAUAUUUUAUUUAUUUUUUUAUUGUAAAAAUGUAUACGAUCAUCUUAGGAAAAGCAAAAUUUCGAGGCUGAUUUGGAAUACUCAUUUUGAACAUUAAACAAUUACAUAUA